ACUGCAGGUCUUUCUCUCUACUUACCUAUUGAAUAAAACCAGCAAAAAGGCCCAAAAAACGUCAUUGUAUUAGUUUUCAUAAAAAGGCUAAUUGUCCUCCUCCUCCUGUCUCACCCGUUUCGACUAGUAAAUUUUAGGAGAAACAUAUAAGAAACAUCGGACAAAAUCCAAACUAUGAUGACAGACUGGGAUGACAUUUUCUCAUUUUACAGACAAAUGACAAAUAAUUAAAUGUAAAAUAUAAUACAAAAUAAAUCUGCAGACCAACUGAGAUUGAUUAACUGCCUUGCAUUGGGGUCAAAGUGCCUGCAAGUUUCUUUAUUUUCUGACCUAAACUGACACUAAUGGUUCCCAGAAGAUCAUUUGGUCUCAACUGUGUAAAAAUCCUUAAAACAAAACAAAACAAAAAAACCUCAAAACUUCAGAUGACAAACUUCCUACUUGUGGAUCUGAAACUGUACAAGCCAUUAAAUAAAAAUGAAUACAUAAUAAAUCAGGUUAAAUAAAAGAAAUGUUAAAAUCAUUCCCAUAUAACUCAUAUAAAUACUAAUAAAACAUGGUUUUGGUUUAUUUUCUGAACACAACAGUUUUACUUUCUGUUUCACAUUACAGCUCAGAUGUAUUCUAUUAUUGUGUUAAAGUUAUCAGAAGGUGGUUUAUUUGGAUUAAAAAUAUAUGUAAAGCUAUUUAAUGAUGAAAAUGUAUCCCAGAUGUAUUCCAAAUCUCAAACAUGCAUUUCACAGUUCAGCCUUUUAUUGCACUAUCUGAGAAUAAGAGGAGGAAGUGGGAGUGGCAGGCUCUUUAUUUACUCUGGUUGCUUGUUUCUGCCACCAGAUCCGCCUGCAGCUGCUUCAUUUGUUCACUCUUAGUCUUACUGUAAAGUUCCACUGGACGGGUUUUAACUAUUCAUAAGUUUUUUAACUGCUCAUAAGUUAAAGUCAUGACGAUGUCGAUUCUCCUCCACGCAGCCUUCGGGCUCCUCCGGCAGCUGGAGCUGCUCAUCAUGCUCGAGCAGCUGGGCAGCAGCCUGUUCGACACCGCGCUGCUGAUGGUGGUCAAAGACCGGUGCUCCAACGUUACCGACCCCGGUAUGUCCCGGGAGGAGAGCCAGCAGAAAGCCUUCACCGACUUCUACAUGACCUACAACCUGAUCAUCAGAUUCGUUCCGAUCCUCCCGGCGCUGCUGCUGGCCAGACUCAGCGACCGCGGCUGGAGGAAAACCCCGGUGGUGGUGUCCCUCUGCGGGUACCUGCUGUCCAGAGUCCUCCUCCUCCUGGUGGUUCUGUUCCAGCUGCCGCUGGAGGUGAUGUUCGGGGCGGCGGUGCUGUUCGGGCUCUCCGGGGGGUUCGGAGCCUUCUGGGCCGGUGUGAUGACCCUGGUGUCCCUGGGUUCCACAGCGAAGGACCGCUCCAAGGUGAUGAUGAGGGUGGAGCUGCUGUACGGGGCAGCAGGUCUGGUGGGCAGCCUGGUUUCUGGUCACCUCUUCCAGCUGGGAAGCGGAACCGUCCUGGUGUCUGUGGGAACCAUCAUGAACCUGCUCAGCCUCCUGCACUCCAUCUUCCUGCUGCAGGUGAAACAAGUACGCAGUGAAGGACCAGAGGAGAACUCCCUCCUCCUCUCUUCCUCCUCUGACAGCUCCACUGUGGUUGAGCCUCCUCCUAAGAUCAACAAGGUGAACGUGGUUCUGCUGUUCGUUGCUGCCUUCCUGUACGACUUUGCAGUUGGAGGAGCUGUAGGAAUCCUCGGUGCCUUCGUGCUGAAAGAGCCUCUCAGCUGGACCGCCACUCAGGUGGGUUAUGGGAAUGCAGCAGGCUGUGGGAUUUUCCUCACCAGUUUUCUCGGCGUCAUCGUGUUUCGUCGCUGCGCCAGCGACGUCACGCUGAUCCUCAUCGGUAUGGUAUCGUUUGCCUCAGGGAUUUACUUCAUGGCCUUCGUCACGACAACCUCCAUGUUCUACCUCGCCCGUUCACUCAACCUGUUUGCUCUCAUCCCGCUGCCAACGAUCAGAUCUCUGCUUUCACAGCAGGUCCCGGCCUCUUUAUAUGGCACUGCUCUCACCGGCCUGCAGUUGAUUCUGAAGUUUGCUGGUUUGGCCUACAUCCCUGCUUUUACUAAGAUCUACCAGAGAACCCUGGACUGGUUUCCAGGCUUCGUCUUCAUACUCGCCAGCAUCGUCACAGUCCUGGGAAUGAUACCCAUCAGUAUCAUCGGCUGCAGAUUAGCUCGGAGGCAACAGUACGAGAGGAUAGAGGAAGACUGAAGCAGUGACAUCAUCAUCAGCAGCGACUUAAAGUUGGCAAACAGGAACUGAAACUUGAAAUGGGCAAAAAGUGAGCAGAGACUUUAAUGCCACUUCUGUUUUGUUGAAGCUACAGCAGCUGAAAAGGAUUUACUGCAAGUCUUUUCUGAGUGUUUAAUAAUAGCGUCAAAACCCCUCCUGUGUGGACAGAUGACGUGUUCUAGAUGGGAACUGUGUGAAAACACCUCAGACCAAUCUGACAAGAAGUUCAGAAUAGUUGAACUUAAGUUUGUGCUGAAGUCAUCAGCAGCAGUGAUUUCAACAUAAUGUGGAUUUUUCAGUGAAUGCGUCAAACAUUCUGGGUGAGAGUGAAACAAAAUAUCUAUGUUUUUAAAUUCUAACUUAUUUAACACUUUAUUAUCCCCCGCCGCCACGAAGUGGAAAAGGGGGAUACAGGUUUGGCCUCCGUCCGUCCGUGCGUCCGAGAUGAAGGGGACAGCUUUUCUCGGAAACUAUUACAGCUCGGAUUACGAAAUUUAGUGUGUAGCUUCACACCAUGGACACCUUGAUCAAGUUCGAAAAUGAGACCUGUGCGAUAAUAUUUAACAGAGUUAUGGCCCUUGAUCACUAUUUCGGAUAUAGACUCAGACAUCACAUGUGGCGGUGAUAUUGAUGACCAUGCCGUCUUGUUUUAUCUGGUUCAUGACAGCAAAUUCAGUACUUUUAUUCCGUUUUUAGAUCGAAAAUAUCACGUUUAAUACGUGACAGGUGCUCAGUUAUGAAGUUUGGAUUUUUGAACAUGAAGAUACUCGAGGAAUCUAAAGUCUGAGCAGCUUGUUUAUUAGGUGAUCUGCUGAUGUGUUGAACCUAAACCUUAAAAAAUACACGAUGCAAUGUUUAAUGUUGACCCUUGCUUGGCACUUGUACAUUGUUUUAGUUCUAUUAUCUGACCAAACGUAAUGAAGCUGUUUGAGAUUCCUGACAGAUUUGAUAUUAAGAUGUUAUAUUUAUCCAUUUAGAACCUAAUAUUGCCUCCUUUAAAGAAAACAAGAAGUCAAAUAUCCUCUAGCAUUUACUUUACAAUCACACUGCUGUCAAACAUCUGUUUUAUAUAAUAGAAAAUAAUAUUUUUAGAAGAUAAAAUGGAUGUAUUUCUGCAGCAGUGGGUUCUUCACGGUUAACUGCUGGGAAGCACUUUGGCUUGAUAGCUGCUGUUUUAAAUGUUAACUUGCACUGACACAAACAUUUUUUCACAUAAAAAAAAACUUGGAGAAUGGCUUCUCUGCUGAUGUGAUUCAUUGGAAAAACUAAAUUAAUUAUUAACGAAUGAUCUUAAAGUCUGAGAGUGAUUCAUCGUGCACCGGUACGGGAACAGCAGCGCCAGCUUUACAAACAGUUCAGUGAUCAGAACAAUAGAGAAGCUUCUGCCUCAGUGCAUUCUGGGAAACCAGCUAAUGAGGCGCUAAGUGACGAAGCAGCAGCAGCCUCACAGCUUUUUGCUGUCGAACUGGUUACACAUCUGAUCGUUUUAGGGAAAAACACUGCAGUAUUUGCACUUUUUACACCAACUGCUAUCCAAAGAUGAAACUGAAAAUGAUGCAGUUUGAGGUAUUUUGGACGACAUUGACCGGCUGACUUUUUACACCUGCAGCUCACGAAAUGCAAACAUUUGUGUAAAAUAGCAUCUACUUUUUUUUAAAAAUCUGCUGUAUUUUAAAUCUUGUUCAUUUUUAUUAUCCAAAUUGUUCAGUCACUCUUACAUUUUGUCUCAUAUUUCUUUUCUCUCACGUUUGUGGCGCUUACUUUUUAUGCUUUUGGUUGUAAAGCACUUUAAAGGUACUAAAGAAUUUCACUUACUAUACGCUGUGUGAUUUUUGUCAAGUUUUAAAAGUUAUAUAUUGGAAAAACAUGAAAUUUUGCACUGUAAUUUUUAAAAACAACUGUAGUAAUUCAUAGCUACAGCAGUAUAGGGCUUUAUGGGACUGGAAAAAUGCAGCCUGUGGUGGAAGGGUUUUAUAUUUUGCAUUCAUUCAUGUGUUUUAAGAGGGAUUUCUGAAGGUUUUAAUUUAAUAUUGUUAUGAGAAAAGUUUUAUUUCUCGUAGUAAUGACUACUUUAUGUUUUGCUACAUCCUUGUACGAAUAUUUUUUGUACAUUUUGUUUGUUGGAAAUAAAGAAAAAGAAUCACACCAGAGCAGAAAAUAUCAAA